UGAGUUUAAUUUUACUUAUUUCAGUACCAAGGAAAGAAAAAUAAGGUGUUGUUUUCGCCAGUCUGUGCUGUUUUCGCCAGUCUGUGCUGUUUUCGCUUGGUGACAUUUUGCUGAGGUUUUCUGCACUGACGUAUGUACGUGAAAUGCAGCACAAUGAAUGCUGGGGAUCCUCAGUCAAACGAUGAUCAGUCCCUCAAAGAGCAGCGCCAGAAGAAUCACUACCUCCUGAACAGUGAACUGCAGAGCAUGGCAAGAGAACUGCCCAUGAAGUUCCAGCAGCGUCUGCCCUACGACCUCCUGUCUGGCCUGGCCAAUGCCCUGCUGGACGGGACGGUGUUUGAGAUUGUCCGGAGCCUGGAGGAGGUGCAGCAUCUUGAGGAGAAGAGUCUCUUCAACCAGCGGUCAAAGCUCAACAGUGAACACAAGGCUCAGCGUCACGAGAUGCAGAAGAAGCACAAGGAGAUGAUCCAGUCAUGUCAGACCAAGCCCCACAACCUGCCACUGGUGCAGUCACAGAUAGAGCGGGAAUGGGAGACAAUGACCAAACGCUGUGACGAGGAGUUGAAGAAGAAGGACAUGAAGGUCAUUCUUGACCUUGACCAGAAGGUCAUGGACCAGCAGGUGAUGCUGGAGAAGGCUGGAGUCCCGGGAUUCUUUGUGACCAACAACAGGCAGGAGAUCCGCCUUCAGAUGUACCUCCUGGAGUUCAUUCUCCGACUGAGUCGCAUGAACAUGCCACUGUGUUGACCACUCUCCUACCAGGAGUUCCAUGCGGCUGACAGCCAGCCAGCGUAGUACACUCUCCUACCCAGAGUUCCAUGUGUCCGGCAGCCAGCCAGCCAGCAUAGUACACUCUCCUACCCAGAGUUCCAUGUGGCCGGCAGCCAGCCAGCAUGGUACACUCUCCUACCCAGAGUUCC